AUGGCUCAUGGUUCAUUCAAGGAGGUACAGGAGGCCGGACUUUUCCACGUAUUCAACCUGACGGACGACGCGUUGCAGUUGUCUUUCGAGAUACAUCUCUACAGAGACGGGAAUAUCGACUCGCUACUAGCCGUGAUUGACGAAGUCAUCGAUGAAACCGAAGGUACCGCCAGCAACCAGACUCUAGUUGAAGACCAAAGUGCGGGCAAUGAGGAUCAUGAGGAUGCCGGCGCGACCGAGUUGCCGAUAGAGAAUGCACAUACUGGUGGAAUUCCCAGUAAAGAAGAGGAAUGGGAUGGCCUUCCAGACGACUUGUUCAACAUCCAUGGCAACUCUAAUGACGAGGUAGAGGCAUCCGCAUACACGCCGGAGGGUGGUCUAGCAGACUUCACAGAUCUGGAGGGCACGCCAGAAGACGUCCGCCGCGAGACCAACCAGGUCGUAGGACCCUCCUUCGAGGAGCUUGGGCGAUUAUCGAAGCGGAAGCGAACGCGCCAGGCAUCCCCAGAUACCUCAGCACCGCAGAAGAAGGCCAGAAAGUAA